AAGCGUAUAGCCAGUACUCGUGCGGCACUCGAUCGUGGUGCUUCGCUGUUCGUUCGUUGUGUUAUCGUAAAUUCUACAAACUAACCGAGAAGAUGACCGGUCGCGGUAAGGGAGGAAAGGGUCUGGGAAAAGGAGGAGCCAAGCGCCACAGGAAGGUACUUCGUGAUAACAUCCAGGGUAUCACGAAGCCCGCCAUCCGUCGUCUGGCUCGCAGAGGAGGCGUGAAACGUAUCUCCGGUCUGAUCUACGAAGAGACUCGCGGUGUCCUCAAAGUGUUCCUCGAGAACGUGAUCCGCGACGCGGUCACCUACACCGAGCACGCCAAGAGGAAGACCGUCACCGCCAUGGACGUCGUGUACGCUCUGAAACGCCAGGGUCGCACCCUGUACGGUUUCGGAGGUUAGACCGUGUCUAUCCGCCGCGGCCAACGUGUCGUCCGUCGACCAGCUAUUCUACAGAACCUACACUAUGGUGGACGCGGGUGCGUCGUGCGUUCGUGUACUCUCUAUGUGGUACACAGUAACGUAUCGAUUCAUGCGUCGUUCAACCAUACGUAGGUGCAUGUAGAUAUGCGCACA